GAAGGGUAUAAAUUUCAGUUAUCCGGUGUAUUUCUUCCUUCUUCGCAUCAAUCACUCGGAACCCCAGCCGUCGUUUCGAUCAUGGGUAUCUCACGGGAUUCGAUGCACAAGAGGCGUGCAACUGGAGGGAAGAAGAAGGCGUGGAGGAAGAAGCGAAAGUAUGAGCUCGGGAGGCAACCGGCUAACACGAAGUUGUCGAGCAACAAGACUGUGAGAAGGGUGAGGGUUCGAGGGGGAAAUGUCAAGUGGCGUGCCUUGAGGUUGGAUACAGGAAACUAUUCUUGGGGUAGUGAAGCUGUGACAAGAAAGACGCGUAUUCUGGACGUGGUUUACAAUGCAUCGAACAACGAACUUGUCAGAACACAGACUUUGGUGAAGGGCGCCAUUGUUCAGGUUGACGCUGCGCCGUUCAAGCAGUGGUACCUUCAACACUAUGGAGUUGAAAUUGGCCGCAAAAAGAAGGCUGCUGCCAAGAAGGAAGGAGAGGAAACGACUGAGGCUGCUGCUACUGAGGAGGUGAAGAAGAGCAACCAUGUCCAGAGAAAACUAGAAAAGCGUCAACAGGACCGCAAGAUUGAUUCACACAUUGAAGAGCAAUUUGGUGGUGGUCGUCUCUUGGCAGCAAUUGCCUCUCGUCCUGGCCAGUGCGGCCGCUGCGAUGGGUAUAUUUUGGAGGGCAAAGAAUUGGAAUUCUAUAUGAAGAAACUCCAGAAGAAGAAAGGAAAGGGUGCUAGCGCUUAAAUUUUCUUUUGUUUUCAUUGAGAGAUGCAUUUUGGUGCAUACAUUUAAUCGUCUUUUCAUCUCCAUCCUAUGUAAUUUGAGGAACCAGAAAGAGUGUUGCUUUGAACUUGAAAUUGUUAUAGUACAUUUUAGUUCUUACUCUUA